AUGGGUGCCGGGACGUCCCUGCCGCCGUGUGGCAGCAGCUCGGGCAGGCUCAGUUCCAGAAGCUCAGGAAGGCGAGCUUCGACGAGCGCCUCGGAGAGCAGAGUGCUUUGCGGCUCUCCUCUUGUUGUGUUGGAUGUGGGAGGAAGAAGGGCCUGCGCUUUUUUCUCUUUCGCGAGGUGCUUCAGCAUCUAUUCCAAGGGGGCCGAGGGCGCCGCCGGGCUGCUGUUGGCCUUGGGCCGCUGCCAGCUGCUGCAGGAGCUGGGCAUGAAGGUGUGCUCUCAAAUCCCGGCCGCGGCCUGGCAGCUCCUUGCCACCGCCCGCUGGGAGCAGCUCCGGAAGGCGGAUUUCUCUCGGUGCUUCGACGAGGAUUCCGAGGGCGGCGAGGGCGCCGCCGUAUUGCUCUCGGCCUUGGCACGCUGCCGGCAGCUGCAGGAGCUUGGGAUGUAUGGCUGCGAUCAAAUCCCGGCGGCGGCGUGGCAGCAGCUCGAGGGCGCCACGUGGUCGAAGCUCACGAAGGUGAACUUCCAGGGGUGCUUCGACAAAGAGUCCAAGGGCGCCGGCGGCGCGGCGGGGCUUCUUGCGGCCCUGGCCCGCUGCACUGAGCUGCAGGAGCUUGGGAUGUAUGACUGCUCUCAAAUCCCGGCGGCGGCGUGGCAGCAGCUGGAGGGCGCCCAUUGGCCGAAGCUCACCAAGGCGAACUUCUACCGGUGCUUCGGCGAAAAUUCCAAGGGCGCCGAUGGCGCAGCCGGGCUCCUCACGGCCCUGGCCCGCUGCGCUGAGCUGAAGGACGCGAGCUCGUUGAGUUUGCAGCGAAGCAUGGCUGUAACAAUCUUUAUGACAACUGCACACGCUAAAGGCAUCGUCUUGCUAGUUACGUUCAGUUGGACCGACCUCCCCGGGGUUUGUGCACUCAGAAGGGCGAAUUGUCGAACACCAGACAUGGACAGCGGUCACAAAGUAGCAAGAGAAAUACAAGCAUGGCAUUCGGCAUCGCUGGGUCCGGCUCGAAGAAAACCCGAGAGAGCUCCCCAACAAGAAACGGAAAUUGGGGGCCCCUUUUGGCCUCGGACCGGGGCCAAGCACUCCCGGGCUUCUGCAGUGAUGCGAUCGUGGGGAAGUUGCACCGGGCAUGAAGUGCCCGCGUUCAUGCAUAGCAGGCUGGAGGGAGAGAGUUGCUCCUUUAGGUUCUAG